UCAGGGCAGAGCCUGGUGAGUCAGGCAAGGUGCGGCUGUAGUGUGAGUCUUUGCAGGGACUAAAGACACUCAGUGUCCGGGAGGAGAAGGAGAAGAGCAUUCCGUACACCGUACAGAAACACCACAGAGCUCACCAUGUUCAAGUGCGGCAUCGCCUACCCCAGGUGUAAGUGGAUCCUUCCACUACUCCUACUCUGCGCCAUCAUCUUCGAUAUCAUCGCCCUGGCCGGCCGGGGAUGGGUGGAGACCGAGUCCGGGAGGGAGUACGCCUCCCUAUGGGAGAGCUGCAAGACCACCGACAACACCUGUAUCUCCAUCAUGAACUACGCCUGGGGUAAAGCAACAGCUGCACUUCUGAUCAUUGGAUUCAUCAUCCUUAUCGUGUGCUUCAUUAUCUCCUUUGUUGCUCUGUGUUCACCGGUUAUCAAUCUGUUGAGGAUCAUUGGAUUACUUCUGUUCUUGGCUGUCAUUUUGCAGAUCAUUGCACUGAUCAUCUACCCUGUAAAGUACACCUCAGACUUGGCACUGUUCGUUGAAAACUACCUGUACAGCUGGACCUAUGGCUUUGGUUGGGGCAGCACAAUCAUUAUGUUUGGUUGUGGAAUCUUCUUCUGCUGCCUCCCCAACUUUGAGGAUGAACUAUUGGGCAACGCCAAAACCAAAUACUUCUACACAUCACAAUAAAGUCAAGGGCUGAGACUGUUUUCCUUCUGCCAUAUAAAAAUAGACUGUUCUAUUAGACGUCUCCCUAGCUUAUCGGGCACAUUUUAUUUGAUUAGGUUGUAUUUCUAGCAAAACAAAAUGCCAUUGUUUUAAUUGGAUAUAUUUUUCUACUACUAAUGUUUUGUAUAAAUUUGACUGGAAUAUAGUAUUGUCCUGAAUAGUAGAUUUUUCACCUAGCAAACUAUAUGUAUUGGUUGUACACACCGAACUAAUGAAAGUAUUUGACCUUUUGUAAACAUUUUAAGUAAAUUGUUUGUUUUCAAUUUAAAACUCUUACUAAUAGUUUUGUUUUUAUCAGAAACAAAUGUAGAAAAUGAAAACGUAAACUAAUAAUUUUGUGCAGAAAAAAAUACUAAUACCAAUAAUAUACUAUUAUCGAUAGCUGUAACCAUUUUUUGUUUGCAUGGUGCUUGUGUUACUAUGUCUGCAUUUAGGGUGGAAAUAAGGUUAGCAUAAAUAUUUGUCUACUGUGGCUCUUUGCGUUAAAACUUUAAUAAGGAAACGUAUAGCAGUUUCCCACAUCUGGAAAUUUAAACCAACACACUGACCCUGGAAAAUUCUUUUGAACCUCCUCAGUUUCUACCCUUUAAAUCUCAUGGUUAAAGAUAAACCAACUGGGAUUGGUAUUGACUGUCACACAUGCCUUGUGUCCCCUGAUCAGGAGGCAUCCAAAUAAGGGUCACAUAGCAAAUCAAUCCUGCCUACUGCUUCUCAUUAGAUUUUUUUAUUUAUUGGGUCAUAUGCGUGUGUCUGAAGCUUCUAAUAAAGAACUGAAUUUACCUCGCAAGCAUUCCAGUUGCAUGCCGUAUUUACCAGCUUUUUGUUAAUGACACUGCACAAAGCUGUUGCAUGGAUACAUUUGUAUCUGGUAUACGAUUGAGCAGCUCUGUACAGUGUGCAAAGCAAAAAUUACCAUAUUUUUUUUUUUUCCUUUUUACUGUUCAUAGAACGGUUUCUGAAAAGCACUGAAUUAUGGCUAGUUUGCAGUAAACGCGCAUUCCAUGCAACUUUCCUGCACUGUGUUCCAAAUGCAUUGCAGUUGCGAUCUGCAGCGAGUAUUAAUGUUAAUCUAAUGACAUCCCCCCAAACGUUGGUUGCAAACGCAGUGCAUUUGUCUGCACCGGAUUGCAUGGUACACAAGUACCAUGCAAUCUGGUUUCUGUGGUUUUCAUAAAAAGUGGUGCAUGCACUACUUUUGCUGCGAUCCGGCAUGAUUUCAGCCCAUUCAAAUAUAUUGGGCUAAAAUUGCACUGCACCUGAAUUGCAUGUGAAUCUUGCAGGAACGCACAGCGAUUAAUGGUGCAAAUCCACCCCUAAUCAAGUAGUUUGAAGGUUUUUGAGCAUAUUAAAUAGAUCCUCCUUUUUUGUUGUGAUGUGUGUUUUUUUUUUUUUUUUUUUUUUUUUUUGCUGCUUUUCUCUCAGUAAAGCAAGUCUAGAACCUGCCUACAUUUUGAAACUAUUCUUUUAUUGCAUAUGAAUGAUAUUGGUUGACAUUUUAGGUAUCGUGCUUUUCCCAUGCUGGAACAUCUAACUUGCUUAAUAUUGCAGUAGCAAUAGGCAGAAAAAUCUAUUUUGCAGACUUUUUUUUGUUAUGUAUAUUUUAUUUAACUGUUGGCAAUAUACAGUGGAGUAAGUUAGAAUGAACAGCACGUUGCACUUGCUAAGGAUUGUUCUGUUAGUAAUCUUAAUACUGUAUCACUACUGUAAAUAUUGUAGUAACAUGCACAUAUUCAGCUGAUUUGCAAACAAUCAACCUUAUUCAAUAAAGAGUGCCGAUUCUUAAGGAAAGCAAUCCAGGGCAUCAAAACAGAAUUCAUUAUGUACUGAACUAAAGUCGGUGGAAAUUAUGGAUUUUUUUAUUGAAUAAGGCUCAAGUACAUAAUAUUAUACAAUAUUCCAAAUUGUUUGUACUUUAACAUGUUAUGUGUUUAUUCCCACAUUUUUUUUCCAGCUUAACCUUUUUAUUAAAAGUAAAUAAAA